AUGGAAUAUGAAGGUGAAACUUUUCAUUUAACUGAAUACCAAAUUAAAAAAACAGUAAAAGCUUUCAGUUAUUUAGAUAAAAAAAAAAGAGGACUACUUAAGUUUGACUUGUUAGGAAGCCUACUGCGCUGUAGUGGGUAUAAUGUGUCACUAAAAGAAAUUGACAAGAUCAAAGAUAAAAUUGUAGAAAAUAAAAUUACAGAAAAAAAUGUACAAGUAAAUGAAAAGAGAGAAAAAGAAAUUCUGCAAAAUGAAGAAAAUGAAAAAUUAAAUGACAAUAAUAGUGCAUCGAAUAACCAAAAAGAAGGGAUAAAUAAUGACGAAGAUGAUGAUAAUAACAAUAUAUCAAAACUGCUAAGCAAUUUAAAGAACUAUGAUAAUUUUAUUGAACUAGAAAAAAAAAAAGAAGAAAAAAAAAAAAAAGAUGAAGAAAAUAAAAAUUUAUUUAGUAUAAAAGAAUUUUUUAGAAUCAUUCAAAUACCAAAUGUAACCAAUGAAACAAAACCAUCAAACGUUUUAAAUUCUUUUGAAAUGUUUGAUGAAAAAGGGAAUGGAAGAAUACCCAUAAAAAAACUAAGAUUUAUUCUUCAAUACUUGGGGGAACCACUGAGCAAUGUAGAAUUUGACGAAUUUUACAACUGGAUUAAGACAAAAGACAAAGUAUAUAAAAAUGAUUGCAUAAUAUAUGAAGACUUGCUAAACGAAUUGAUAAAUAAAGACACGAAUAUUUAG